UUACGCUGUGCGCUUUAAAACUCGCUGUUGGCCGUGUUUUGGGUGUGUUGUUGUUAUUAUUAUUCGCUGUUUUUGUAGCGGCCAGUGUGUAGCCAAGGCUUGGCGAUUAAUUUACCUUUAAUUCUCGAUCGAAGCUGUUGUGUGGCGGGUAAGACCGCAUCUACAGACUUGUUACAGCAAACCGAUUUGUAGAAAGGAUCCUUCUUGCGGACAUCUUCUGCAUCAUUUCGGAGUAUUCGUGCUGAUAAGAAACAGUGGCCCGCCACGAUCUACGUAGGGCUUCCAAUUAUUCGCUAUCAGAUGUUCCUGAUCUCAAGCAUCAUGCAGCGAACUGCACUGGCGCUUCUUGUAAUGGUGUCCGCGAUAAUCAUCCCAGCACACGGUGGCCCGGAAGAAAACGAAGGUGUUAAGUAUGCGAAUCGCUGUGAAGCUUGUAAAAUCCUCGCCACAGAACUUCAGGACCGACUUAGCGAAACGGGUCGAUCGCACGAUGUUAUCGAGAUAGGGUACUCGGUGGACGAUGUGAAGCCCAAGAAACGCACCGAAUACCGGCGUAGCGAACUUCGACUGCUGGAAACGCUCGAGAACGUGUGCGAACGCAUCCUGCAGUACAACAUUCACAAAGAACGGAAAGAUAGUACGCGCUUUGCGAAGGGCAUGUCCCAAACGUUUCAAACGCUGCACGGUCUCGUCGAUAAGGGCGUAAAGGUGGAUCUGGGCAUACCAUACGAGCUGUGGGAUAAACCUUCCGCCGAGAUAACACAGAUGAAGACGCAGUGCGAAACACUGAUCGAAGGAUACGAGGAUGUGAUCGAAAAGUGGUACUUUGAGAAGCAGGACCAAAAACCGCUGAUCGAGUAUCUGUGUGUGGAUCAUGUGCUGAAAAACAAAAACCACCAGUGCCUGUACGAACAGCUAGAGGAUGCGAAAAAGAAGCAGCAGGAAGUGAAUGCCAAAGAGGAGCUGUGAGCAAAUCACAUGGAACUCAGCAGGGAGUAUCAUUAGCGUGCGGCUAAUGAUGAUUAUACUGCCACACUUUGAUUGUGAACUAUUUUACUGUAUGUGCGUGAAUAAAACGAAUAAUCAAAUUAAAAUGUCAUUUA